AUGACGGCGACUGCUGCCUCCGUUGCUGCUAGGGUUCUGGAAAAUGAAAAAAUGUGGUUGAGAAUAAAGGAGUUGACUAAGGGAUUGAGAGUAUGGAUACCUGGGUUGGCUGAUGGAAGAGUAACUACAGUUAAACCAAUAGGAUGUCAGCUCGAGCUUGUUCAUGAGCUAAUAGAAGGGGGAAAGUGGAAGAAUGAUCUCUUGCAGCACUGGUUUAAUGAAACUGAUGUGAAUCUCAUUACUAAUAUCCCCCUUAGCUUAUAUGAUAGAAAAGACAGGUUAUUUUGGAAUUAUAGCAAGUCUGGGAUUUACACUGUGAAAUCUGGUUAUGCUGUUGCGAAGGAGCAAAGUGAAAAAGGGAAUCAAAGACUUGCACCUGAUCCGGAAAUUAGCUGGGAAGUUAGAAAGCAUACAGUAUGGAAAAGAUUGUGGGGUUUAAAUGUGAAGAUGAAACUGAAACAUUUCUUAUGGAGAUGUCUGCAAAAUGGAAUGGCCACAAAUGAAGCUCUAUACAAGAGACUUGGAACCAGUAACAAGAUAUGUUACUGCUGUGGGGAGGAAACGGAAACAAUCAAGCACAUUUUCUUCUUCUACCCAAAAGCUAAAGUGGUAUGGAAGUUAGCUCCCGUAAGGUGGGAAGGCUUAGUUGCACUACAAGGUAAAUUAUGGAGAUGGUGGGAAGCUGUGAUGCAAGUAGCAAAGGAAACACAAGGAGUAGAUAGGAUCAGGCUUACGGUCCAGCAGCAGUGGGAGCCUCCCAAGGAAGGAACAAUGAUGAUGAACAUAGACGCAGCAAUUUCAGCUAAAAUGGUCAGAUCAGGUUUGGGGAUCAUUGCAAGGAACUGGCGUGGGGUGAUAGUGAAAGUGAAAGGAAUCACUGACAGGAGGAAAGGGGAUGCAGCCACAGAGGAAACUCUAGCAAUCAGAAGUGCGCUGGAAAUGGCUCAAGGUGCAGGAUGGACAAACAUAGAAGUCCAAUCUGACUGCAAGUACGUUGUGAGCCUCAUCAAUACGGACAAUGUCCAGGAAGGUAGACUCCAAACUCUCCUGGAAGACAUUGAUGUCCUGAAGAAAAGAUUUGAAAGUUGCAAUUUCUCUUUUGUCCCCAGAACUGCUAAUAGUUGCAGCCAUGAGUUGGCGCAAUUUGUAGUCAAGGCAACUAGAAAUUUUGAAUAG